GUGGUCUUGGCCUGUGCAGAUGUGCUGUGUGCUGGGGUGCUCUAUUGUAGUUGAGUCGAUUCCAACUCAUACCGACCCCAUGCGACAGAGUAGAACUGCCCCGUGGGUUUUCCAGGCUGCAGUCUUUGUGGGAGCAGAUCACUAGGUUUUUCUCCUGUGGAGCCGCUGGACAGUUAGAACCACUGGCCUUACAUUUAGCAGCUGAGUGCUUAAUCAUUGCGCCAUGAGGGUUCUGUAGUUAGCUAGCAGUUAAUGGAGGGGGAGCUUGUGAGGAGUGCACAGGGGUUGCUUUAUUGUGGAGUCUCAAGGCCAGUGAGGAAAUGAGACAUUAUGUUGUCAUCUGCCUUCUAAAAGGCUGGCAGUUUGUUUAGAGAUGGCCACCAGCAGGGUUCAAUAAUAGCUAUAGUCUACAUGCUUUUCUUCUUUUUCAUUCCCACAAAACAGUUCCUCCUGUCCAGAAAUUUCCUCAACAAUAUUUUGUUCUCAGCCAGGGUAGGAUUCGUUAUGUGGCCUGCCAUCUAGCCAUGUUGUCAAUCUUACCAUUGCACGGGUUUCUUGCUGUUUAAAGAUUUUUGUUUGAAUGAAAUUAAUGAAGCUGUGCCUCAGGUGAAGUUUUAUGAAGAGAUAAAAGAAUAUGAAAAGCUUGACAACGAGGAAGAUCGUCUUUGUAGAAGUCGACAAAUUUAUGACACCUAUAUCAUGAAGGAGCUCCUAUCUUGUUCGCAUCCAUUCUCAAAGCAAGCUGUAGACCAUGUACAAACCCAUCUAGCCAAGAAACAAGUUCCACCAACUCUUUUUCAGCCAUAUAUAGAAGAAAUCUGUGAAAGUCUUCGAGGCAACAUUUUUCAAAAAUUUAUGGAAAGUGACAAGUUCACUAGAUUUUGUCAGUGGAAGAAUGUAGAACUAAAUAUCCAUUUGACCAUGAAUGAUUUCAGUGUACAUAGGAUUAUUGGACGAGGAGGAUUUGGUGAAGUAUAUGGUUGCAGGAAAGCAGACACUGGAAAAAUGUAUGCAAUGAAAUGCUUAGAUAAGAAGAGGAUCAAGAUGAAACAAGGAGAAACAUUAGCCUUAAAUGAAAGGAUCAUGUUGUCUCUUGUCAGUACAGGAGAUUGCCCUUUCAUUGUCUGUAUGACGUAUGCCUUCCACACUCCAGAUAAACUCUGCUUCAUCCUGGAUCUGAUGAACGGAGGUGAUUUGCACUAUCACCUUUCACAGCACGGGGUGUUUUCUGAGAAGGAGAUGCGGUUUUAUGCCACUGAAAUCAUUCUAGGGCUGGAACACAUGCACAAUCGGUUCGUUGUUUACAGAGAUUUGAAGCCUGCAAAUAUCCUUCUGGAUGAACACGGCCACGUAAGGAUAUCAGAUCUUGGUCUUGCCUGUGAUUUUUCCAAAAAGAAGCCGCAUGCGAGUGUUGGCACCCAUGGGUACAUGGCUCCUGAGGUGCUGCAGAAGGGGAUGGCAUAUGACAGCAGUGCUGACUGGUUCUCCCUGGGCUGCAUGCUGUUCAAACUUCUGAGAGGCCACAGCCCUUUCAGACAACAUAAAACCAAAGAUAAGCAUGAAAUAGACCGAAUGACACUUACUGUGAAUGUGGAACUUCCGGAUACAUUCUCCCCUGAAUUAACAUCCCUUUUGGAAGCCUUGCUUCAGCGAGAUGUUAGCAAACGACUUGGCUGCCAUGGAGGCGGUGCACAGGAAGUAAAAAAGCAUUGCUUUUUCCAAGGCAUUGACUGGCAGCAUGUCUACUUACAAAAGUACCCUCCACCUUUGAUUCCUCCCCGUGGAGAAGUCAAUGCCGCUGAUGCCUUUGAUAUCGGUUCAUUUGAUGAAGAGGACACGAAAGGCAUUAAGCUUCUUGACUGCGACCAAGAACUCUACAAGAAUUUCCCGUUGGUAAUCUCGGAACGCUGGCAGCAGGAAGUGGCGGAAACUGUGUAUGAAGCAGUCAAUGCAGACACGGAUAAAAUAGAGGCCAGGAAGAGGGCUAAAAAUAAGCAGCUUGGUCAUGAAGAAGAUUAUGCACUGGGAAAAGACUGUAUUAUGCAUGGAUACAUGUUGAAAUUGGGAAACCCAUUUCUGACUCAGUGGCAGCGGCGAUACUUCUACCUCUUCCCAAAUAGACUUGAGUGGAGAGGAGAGGGCGAGUCUCGGCAAAAUUUACUGACAAUGGAACAGAUUGUAUCUGUGGAAGAAACUCAGAUUAAAGACAAGAAAUGCAUUUUGCUAAGGAUAAAAGGAGCAAAGCAAUUUGUCUUGCAGUGUGAGAGUGAUCCAGAGUUUGUACAGUGGAAAAAGGAGUUGAUAGAAACCUUUACGGAGGCCCAGAGGUUAUUGCGCCGAGCUCCGAAGUUCCUCAACAAACCUCGAUCUGCUGUGGUGGAGCUGUCAAAGCCACCGCUGUGUCACAGAAACAGCAAUGGCCUUUAACACCCAGGAGCGGGGAGGGUCCCGAGAAGACUGUGCCUCGGGGAAGCUCUGACCUGGGUGUUUCCGGAGCUUUUUGGAAUAGUAUGAGGAUUAGACAUUUAAUUUACUUAUUGCUGGGGUUCUUCCAUGCCUGGGGAGACUCAAGAUGCCAAGAUGCUCCUAAUAGGAGCCAUGACCACCUCAGGCCUGGGGGUCGCCUUCCCACCCCGCCUGAUUGCCUCCCGCGCGAUCCUACCUGUCCACACUCAAAAACUACUGAAGAAAGGAAGGUUGUUUCUCUUUGCUACACGCUUAUUUUGGUAUAUACUGAACCAAGAACUUGAAAUGAUUCCUACUUACCACUUAAAUUUUUAUGUCUGAUAUCAUACAUAUCUUAGACUUUCCAAGAUGGACUUUAAAUAUUUUCAGUGGUGGCUAACAGUCUACCCUAGUGUCCCCGCGUUUUAUCUAGAAACCAUCACUGCUGAGUCUGUGUCUUUGCCCCAGGCUACUGGGGGUUGGGAGAGCCACAGUACCUGUGGUUCUUUUGUGCACUUCAGACCUGACUUCUUACUGCCCCGGGGUUGAAAGUUGAAGAUAUUUUCUGAGAGUGUUGAACUUGGGCCCUUCACCUGUGCAUUGUACCCAUGCGUGUACUGUGUGCCCUGCCUCUGACACAUGUAUGCCCAGGAACUCUCUAUUGGAUGAAAACAAAGAUACAGGGCCUCAAAGGUUAUGGUAUAAAUUAAUAAUUUCAGGCGUUUAGCAGUAGACCAUUGGGAAGGUUCACGGGGAUUCUGAAUGGGAGGUAGUGGGGUUUUAAAUGUCAGGGCAAUGGCAAUUUCCAUACUUUUCAAAUCCAGGUUGCUCAGGUAAGCCAACAGCACCUUCAAGGGUCCUGGGGCAGAUGGGUGCUUGUGGGUGAGUCUGUCUUUUGGGUUUCCACAAGAAGCACUUGCAUGACACAGGAGUUCUGGUUCCUUCUGCUGACCUCUGGGAACACAUCAAUAAUGGAUAUGAAAAAGAAGGAAAGGAAUUGCUCUGUUUUACAUUUUUAGGAUAUUUGAAAAUGAAUUUUUAUUGCAAAAAGAAUGCUGAUGAAUGAAUGUAUCAAAAUGGGUUAAGUGUUUAUUGUGUGUAUCGACCUUUCUGUUGUCACUCAUCUGCCAUUCGUGAAUGAUACUUUGCACUCAGUUGGUCUAUGAUGGUGAGAGCAUUGGAGCGUAGUGGCUUUUUGCCUGAUCCCAGCAGCCCCCCUCCCCACCCACACGGUUUGUUUUCCCCUUGGCUUCCAUGCCCUUUUCAUGUCCCAGAUACCGCUGUGUUAUCAGAACCAGCGUAUUUUCCCAGCAAAGUCCCCCAUGUCAUUGGACUAAAAACAAUAAUAAUUUAAAAAGUCACAUACUGUUCCUAUUCUUGGUGCAGUUUUGUUGUAUGUCUCUAAGUUAACUACUAACAACAUAAAUAACGUGACAUCAUAAUUAUCUGCAUCUGUCCUCGAUAUUUUUAGUGGUUCCAAAUCUUUGGUUUUUAUUCGUGUGUUGUGUCCAUUGGGAAAGUAAGUACUUUUUAAUGAAAUUGUAUUUUGUGAGUUUGGAAUAUAAUUUACAGAAAGAGUCUAUUAUUUCAUAGAAGUAACUUUGGAGAAGAAAUUUUGAGGUUCACUAUCUGGUCUCAACUACCAGCUGGGGUUUAAAUUAACAUACAUGUUCUGCCAUUUCCAGUAUGGGAGGAGGGAUGUACUAUUUACAUGCACUUCCCUCAUUUAAUAGGAGAGGAUAGUGUUCAUAUUCUGUAAAAACAGUAGCAGCAACCAACAGCAACAAAACAGAAAGAGAAAAGCAGUUGUUCCUUUUAAAGAAUGGGCAUCUUCUUUGGUGUUGUUAAUUGUAGCUGUGACUGUUACUGUCUCCAUCCCAGCUAACCUGUGCUCAGCAUUUACAGUUGUAUAGAAAUUGCAGGGCCUCAGACCUCCACUGGACAGGGGAGAGGGUCUCAGGUGGAGAAGGUGCCCUGACCCCAUCACAGGCUGCGCUCAGCGUCUCAUAUCUCAUACCUGUCAGCUCUGGAGCCCUGGUGGCUCAACGGUUAAGCACUUGGCUGCUAAUCAAAAGUUCGGUGGUUCAGACCCACCCAGCGGCUCCUUGGGAGAAAGACCUGACAAUCUACUCCUGUAAAGAUUACAUUACAGCCAGGAAAACCCAAUGGGGCAGUUCUUCUGUCACACGGGGUCACUAUGGGUCAAAAAUUGACUCAAGGCACCCAACAGCAACAACAAUCAGCAAUGCCAGAGUGUCCAGAAAGAUGAUUAAACUUCCAGGAGCGAGCUGUCUUCCACACUUCUGUAAAAUUGAGCCAGUGUGCAUCUCUUCAAAAAUAACAUUUUUGCUGUGGAGUGGAACAUAAGGUUAAUCUCUCUUUUACGAAAGAAAUACGAACUGGAACAUAUCCUGAAAGCCCCUUUGCCUCACAUUUACUCCAACUAAACUCUUCCACUUGCCCCACUACACUUUGUUUAUAGUGACGUGGUUGAGAAAUUCACCUAGAUGCAAUUGAUUAAUAGUACUGUACAUUGUGAGCUUGGGAUAAGCUACUUGGGGCAGCCACAAGUCCUGCUGGGGUCUGGGUAGUCCUGGAGAGGUGAGCCUUCCCUUUGGACUCAGGCCCGCAGCCCUCUGAUGGAGCAAGUGUUUCUGCCACGAGAACCAAUGCCGGCCAAGGAGAAGUCAGUCUUUGUGCACUUAGCUGUCUCAGAAGGUUCUAAGAGUGUUACAUGAUUCCUAGAUGCUUGACCCUUCCUACAUUUGGACCGUUUACAAAGGACAAAAUUCAGCACAAGUUUUCUCAUGUCUUAGCUUUGUAUGCUUAGGAUAUUUUAACAUUGUCAAUGAAGAUAAUUGAGGUUUCUGUUAUAUUUAUAAAAUUAUGCUAGAAGAAGUCUUGAUUUCACAAUUCAAAGAAAUCAAUAAAGCAAAACGUAAAAAUAAUGAAUUACUUUAAGCUGCUAUAUAACAUAAUAUGGAAUAAAUUGAAACAUUUGUGGACCCAAGGUUAUUAUUUUGAACCUCAGACAUCCUCUGUGGUGCAUUUAUCUCAUCAUCUGGGCUCCUCGUUUUUUCCUUUUUCAUGUUUAAGUAUGAUUUUUCAGCAAAACUUCUAGAAUGUUGCUGUUGUUUUCACGUUUAAUGCAAAGUACCCAUGCCUCUGAUUGGUGGUUCACUGACAUUACAUUUUCAAAUCCUGUAUAUAAAAAUAGGGCCAAAUGUCAAGGCACGCGGAGGGAAGGAUGCAUUCCCCUCAAGAAAAACAGCAACAAAUAACCAUCUAAUUUUUAAACAAGGUGUAGCUCCGUUUAGUGGUUUGAGAUAUGCCAUACAGACAUUAGAAAUUAGUAUUUUAAGGCCCUGCUGGCCAUUAUCAAAUAUUGUUUACCAAUUAGCAACAGAAUUUAACUUGUUUUAAAAAUCAUAGUAUGUGUGUGUGAGCACACAUGGGCAUAUGUGUUUGUUUUCGAUGAUGAUCUUUUUUUUUUUUUUUUUUACUCAAAGUUUGUGUUUGGGCCAGUUCCACCUUUUGGCGGAAUUGAUUUUUCUGAGAAAUGUCUUGAAAUUUUAACAUACCAGGAAGACAGUGAAAUUCUCAAAGUUCCACUGACCUCUUUCAGAUGCUGUGAAUCUGUAAAAGUACUUUGAAAUGUGCCAGUGUAAGAUAAGAUUUCUUUUGUAUGAUUUAAUCAUACAUAAUUCUUUUUUUCUCAGUUAUGUUCAGGGAAAUGUUUGUGUGUCAUUCAGAGAUACUUGCCAAAUGAGCCUUCCCACCCUGCAUGAUGCAUUGACUUAGUUGCUUGUACCUAGGUACCUAGAGGGGAUUUAGUCUUGACAGGUUGGUGGCUGGGAGUUGGUGAGGCAUUAGGGGUGGGUGAGGUGUGUGUCACAGAGAGAAGGAUAGUGGUAGAAAUGAGGCAAAGGAAGAAAGGAGUUAAUGUGCUGAUCAAAAUCAGCCCUUUACACCGUAAAGCACCAAGGAAAUGACUGAGUUAAUGUUGGUGGUUCCCCCCCCCCCAUAACAGUGUUGUUGCUGGGUGCCAUCGAGUCGAUUCCAACUCAUACCGACCCAAUGUAACAGAGUACCACUGCCGCAUACUGUUUUGUAGGCUGUAAUCUUUACGGUAGCAGAUCACCAGGUCUCUUCUCCCACAGAGCGGCUGGUGGGUUCGAACGGCUGACCUAUCAGUUAGCAGCUGAGCACUUAACCACUGCACCACCACGGCUCCUUUAUAACAGCAUAGUUGAAUAAUAAUUCAUUUUACUAUUUGGUUACUUUCUUUUUGAUUGUGGAGCAGCUGUACUUCUUAGGCGGCUUUUGCUUUCCGUUAGGACUUUCUGUAGACAUCAAGUUGCUGCUGCCUGUCGUCUGGGCGCCUCUCAGGUGAAUGCGCUCAUGGGCCCAGAGCAGAGGCACCCUUGGCGGCCUCUGUCAGCCGUCUUUGUGUUCAGCGCAGGCCCUUCCUGCAGACGCGUGAAGACCUGGAGGUGGGAUCUGGGUUUCUGUCAGCGACUUGCCCGGUUGAUCAGCUGCAGGCAUCGUUAUGAUUCCCUUAAAGUUCGUCUAAAACCACCAGAAUAACAAGCCUCAGCUUUACGCUGUAUGCCAUUCAUGUUUCUAGAGUGAGCCUGAAGAAGUUAAAUUUUUAAAAAAAAAUUUUAUUUUUCUGAAGAUCCAAUAUGAUUUCCCCUCCCAUGUAAGAUUUGCUGGAGAGGCUUGAACUAAUUAAUUACUUAAAUUCAUGUUACAAUGAAUUUUUUAAUCAAGGCCACAUUUAAAACAUUUUUAUUGAAAAAAAAUUUUAAUUGUAAAAUUAAUGAAAGUUGAACUCUGAUAUGAUACUCAUAUGUUUGCUCAAGUCAUAAUGGAUUUUAGAUUUUUCUUUGUCCUCAACUUCUACGACAAAAUAACAGGCUUGCCCACCCAAAGGCCUGGGGGAUACAAAUGGCAGCCACUUUGCUGGCUCUGGGGCCACAUUCCUGAUGUGGCUGUGUUAACGUGGUUGGAUAAAUGUAGCAACCCAAAUUUUAAAUUACCUUCCUUUAAAAAAAAAACAUACAGAAAA